AUGGGAUAGAGUGCAAAUUGUAAUAAAUAAUAAACUGAUAGUCUAUCUGAAAUUUAUUCAGAACAGAUUAAUUUUGAGUACUUUGGUCCUCAUUAUGCCUCUUAAUAUGUAAUCAAAACUAAAUUCAUAAAUCAAUUUGAAGCUUGUAAUAAUAAAGUGUAAGAAUAAAGAAAAGCCUCACAAACAGUCUCUACAACCAAUCAUAUAGAUUAAGAUGUAGCUUUUAACUCAAUAUAAUCAAAUGAGAAAUAUUUAAUUAAUACAAAUUAAAUUAUCGAUUCUUCAUUUGAUUUAGACUCUAAUAAUGUGAACUCAUCAUUGGAUAAUUCAAUAAAUGCUCAUCGAAGCAUUCUUAAAAAAAAAGAUUAAAAAACAUCAAAACCACCAAAAAGCGUGAAGUUUAUAAAUACUGAUUAAAAAAAAUAAUUUAGUCUAACUCAACAAAAGUAAUUAGGCUAAUUACUAAAGAGAAAACGCAAUUGA